CCUAUCACCUACGUCCUCCAAUACCGAGCUGUUAACACGUGGCAGAGAUACGAAGCUGCUCCCUCCUCCCGACAUUUCCGACAAUUUGGUGUCCUUUUACCGCGCCGAGGCCCUAACAACCGGUUUACAAUCUGAUAAGAGGCUCAAGUCGCGAUGUUCGGGCUGUGUUUGUGCCUCUGUUUUUUUACUCUUCAAACAGUUGCAGCAAGGCCACUUCAUGCGAACCAUUUCUUCUAUAAUCCCAACAACACAGAUCUUUUUGAAGGCGACAUCAUGGUCCGCAAUACAACGCAGAAGAAGCGCUUUGACACUUACACCGUGGUGAAAGACGAGACAUUGCUAUGGCCAGAAGGAAAGGUCUUCUACAAAAUAGACGAUGGUUUCGAUUCAGAUAUGGACAGAAAAGUCAUCCUCGAUGGCAUUAAGCUGCUGCAGUCAAAAACGUGCGUAAAAUUCAUCGAGAGGACAGACGAAGAAAAUUACGUUUUGAUUGCGCCCAGACCCGGCCGAUGCGCCUCAUUCGUCGGCAUGCAGGGCGAGGAGCAAGCCGUGGCACUGGACCUGUAUCACUGCCCUAACGUUGGCCAGGUGGUGCACGAGCUAAUGCACGCCAUCGGAUUCUUCCACGAACACAGUCGACCUGACAGGGACAGCUACGUCUCCGUUCAGUGGAGCAACAUCCAAGAAGAUGCCAGAAAAAGCUUCGAGCUGAAGACAGAGCUGAUCGCGGACACCCUGGGUCAGCCCUACGACUACGAGUCUGUGAUGCACUACCCGCAAGACGCUUUCAGCAAGUCACCGCCCACUCCAACGCUGAUUCCCAAGUCGGCCGAUAUUGACCCCGCAACUCUCGGCAAGGGCUACCUUGAGGAUUUCUUAACGGACACUGACAUUAUCAAAGUCAAACUUCUUUACGGCUGUGUGAAAUAACAGGUUUUGUUAAGGGGGUGGGGGUGUUCAAUGGGUGGCCGUAGCUGAGUCCCUGGCUGCAGAUUGCGAGCUGAAGCAAGCUUCCACACUGCUUUCGCAACCUGCAUUUUACGCCAACAAGAUUGCCGGUCUUGCCAGC